AAAUAGAUAUAUUGACAAAACUACUAAACCUAUUUAUUACUUCUUUCGUUGUUGAUGUAAUAUGGUGGAAUAUAAAUUAACUUAUUUUGACAUUCGUGGACGAGCAGAAAUUGCACGCUUGGUGUUUGCCGCUGCUGAUGUAUCUUACAUUGAUGACAGAAUAAAACGAGAAGAGUGGCCAGCACUUAAACCAAAAACACCCCAGGGACAGCUACCGCUUCUAACAAUAGAUGGCAAAGUCACAUUACCUCAGAGUUUAGCAAUUGCAAGAUUUUUGGCGAAAGAAUUUGGCAUUUGUGGAAAAAAUAAUCUUGAAAAUGCGAAGUGCGAUGUAAUCCUGCAGACAACAGAAGAUUUGAGGGCGGAGUGGGUCAAGGUCUUUAGAGAACAGGAUGAAUCAAAGAAGGCAGACUUGCAGAAAAAGCUCAUAGAAGAGACCGUACCUAAAUACUGGACAAUUUUCGAAAAUACACUUUCUAGCAACUCCACGGGCUACAUGGUUGGAGACGGUUUGACACUCGGUGACCUUGCCGUGUAUGACGUCAUGGAGAUUCAUACGCGUGAUUAUCCAGAUCUUAUCAAGGGAUUUCCUAAACUUCAGGCACAUAGACAGAGAAUCGCAGAAAGCCCAAACAUAAGAAAAUACCUAGAAAAGAGACCAAUUACUCUUUACUAGUGUUAAUCUUUCAGAUUCUUUCAUAAUAAAAACGUUUAAAAAUGCACAUGGGCAUUUCAAUAUAUAGAUCUGUACACCACAUCUGCAGCACGAUCGACGUUUAAAAAUUUUCAACAACACGUUAUAACACGUGUUAAAACCUUGCUCUUAAUGUAUUGUAAAUAGUCCGUUAUACGUGAAACAUGUAUCAAAAAAUGUGAAGUACAAGGAUACAUUGAUAUUAUUGCAGCUGUAAU